AUGUCUACAUCUCUAUCGGCCGCCCUGACUUGUCUCUCAACUCCACAAAGCUCAGUCAUUACAAAUAGUAUUUUAAAAAUAUUUUAGACAAAAUCUUAUAAAAAUAAAAAAUAUUUAUUUUUAAAAUAUAUAUGUUAUUGUAUGAUAACCACAAAAUAAUUCAAAUAAAUGGUUUUUAAAAUAUCUACGAAAUAAUUUACUUAAAAUAUUUUAUAAUAUAUAUUUGUAUACUAUUUUUAAGAUAUCUAUUUAGAAAUAUUUUCGUUAUGACGUUAAAAAAGUAUUUUAUAAAUAUAAUCAUCAUCCGAAAUGCUAUGUUGGGCACGUGGCGUAGGAACCGCUACUUUUCCCCGUAUGCAUACUUGAAAAUGAAAUAUUUCGUCAACGGGUUGAUUUAACUCAAAUAUUUCUACACAAAAAUGUUUUAAUAACAUUAAAUUGUUGAAAAAAAAAUUUCGAGAGAAGUUAAUACGGUGUGUCCCACUGUGUUCGGCGGAUUUUUCUUAAAAUCUUCUUUUUUAUUAAAUUUGUUUCGAUUUUUUUUUUUUUUUCAAACAGUUUAUCUUCGAAAGGGACAUCGAUGUAGAGAAAAAUUACAUUUUUAUUUUUAUCUCCUAAACACAAAAAAAAUAUAUAACUUUAUUUAUUCACUUUAAAAAAAUUUCAAAAUAGUCAUUUUCUACUAAAUAUUAUUCUUAAAAUUUUAAUAUAUCAUACAUUCAUAUCCAAUUAAUACUUAUAGCCGUUUCAAUUUCUAAACAAAUAGGCGUGAAAACAAUUCAUAUUGUCAAUAAAAUAACACGUUAUGCGAUAAGGAAUAACAGUCAGCGUGGUGAUUCUUUACUUCUAUUGAAUAUUAAUUGUUUUCACGCUUAUUUUCUAGAAAUUGAAACGGCAUCUUCUCCACACCAAUGUACCCGUUUGAAAAAAAUCGAAAAAAAUUUCAUAUUAGCGCGUUUGGUUUCUAGUGCACUGUCGAGAAGACCUUUGCUGACUCGGCGGGCCUUGUCGGGCGCUGUCCUUCACUUCGGCUGCUGCGGACGGUCUGAACUGCCUGGAACGUUAUCCGUAUACUAGAAGGCCGCUGUCGAUUACCACGUCCCGUUAUUAGUCUUGAAAAAGACUGGUUUAGCCGUAGUCGUGCAGCGGUCGCGUUGUCGGUUACUGCAAGUGCUCGGUGUUGCGGUGUUGACUUCGGUUUGUUCAGGUACCAAAUCUUCUGUGUCUGUUGUAGAUGUUGAAGGUUUUGAUGGUACGGAAGAAAAAGUAACUUGUCGGCCGUCGCCGCUCCGGUAUAUAUACCCUCUGGCGGUGUGGGCGGCCACCUCUCGUUGGUCAUUCCUUCUACAGGUGUAUGGCACCGUAUGUGUUGUUUUAUACCAUCGGACUGUUUCGAUGUGUUCAAAUCUGUUGUGUUUAUUAUGUCCUAUGUUAAUCAACUUCAGCGAUUGUGUUUAUUAACCUAAUUCUAGAUAUCUGCAUAUCUAUAUACAGAACUAAUUUCUCGAACAUUACCUGUUCUAUUUUUUUUUUACGAUCGGUACUCGGGAAUUACAUUUUUUUGAGGGGGAGGAUUUUGGAAAUACAUAAAUUAAUUAAUUAGCCUUGUACCUACUAUCAGAAAUCAUUACACAAAAACACACUUCGUAAUACAUCCAUCAUAGUAGAAUCUAAAAUAAAUGUAUACUUAUGUAAGCAAAUCUUAGCAGCCUGCAGUGGUGUAUACAGUAUGAUUUUUUUUUUUUUUUUGGAAAUUAAUGAUCACUGAAUUAUCUUUAAAAAUAGAUGUAAGGUAGGUGUGACGAUGAGUUUUGGUUUUUUUUUAAUCUAGUCCAGUUCACAAAUCGAUUACCUACUCGUUUUAACGAAUAUUAAAAUACUUUUUGAGUCAAUUUCUUGACCAAUUCUAAAUUAAACAUAAAUAGACACUAUUUUUUUAAUUACCAAGAGGAAGAAUUAUAAAAAAAAAAACUGUUACUUUUUUCCGGGACGAGGAAACCCCUCGCAAUAUUUUAUGGUAUAAUACAAUUUUUAAACCGCCUCCUUCUUGAUUGAGCUUCAGAUACACCACUGUUUUACAAAGAUGUUUAUUUUUUUAUUUUAUUUUUUUUCAUACUGUGUACAAAAAUUAUACCAGAAAUUUUGCUCCGAUAUUUACGCGUGACACCAUUUCAUAUGUGAUAACAUAACAUAAAAAGGUAAAAUAAAAUAAAAAUACACCAGAUUAUAUAACAUAUAUUUGAAUAUCAAUAACAAAUAAUUCCAAAUAUACAAAAAUUAUUCACGAUUCAUAUUACAUUUACAUUUUUAUGCUAAGUGAAAUAUGUUUUGAAUUAAGUACAAACAACUUUAAAACUACCCUGUUUGGCAAUUUUCAACCCUUUUGUGGCACGUAAAGGGGUGAAUUACUAUCACCAAAUUUAACACAAUUUAGUUUUAGAAGGGUGAGAAAUUUAGAAUAAUUAAUUUUUUUCCCCCCUCUACAACUAAGGGCCACCCCAAUAUAUUUAUAAUAUAGAGAGUCGUUAUAUUUGCAUCAAUAUCAAUGAGAUAAAAAUAAAAAAAAUUUUUUUUAAAUUUAGCAAUACAUUUUCAGAAUUUGAUUAGGAUCAUCUUGUAUACAUGUUAAACAAAAAUUAAUUUAAAUUAAGAAUUCAACGAACUUAUCUAAUCAUAAUGUUAUACUUAAUUAAUGUUGUUGUAGUUUAUUUAGUUACAAAUGUUUAAAUGUACCUAAUUUGUAUACAUUUUAUUACGUUUGAAAUGUUUAUGUUUUUACAUAUUGUUACAAUUUGUUACAUAUUAUGUGCAGGCAUAUGAGAGUAAUAAUUGUGGACGAUUUAUUCAUUAAAGAGUUCACAGAACAACAUUUUUUUACAUAUUCAAAACUAUUUCAUGGGGUUAUUGAAUAUUUAUAAUUUUAAGCAUAUGCAGUGCGUCCCAUAAGUUUUGAGACAACCAUUCUAAAAUUAAUACUAGUAUGUAGAUAAUUAUGAAAUUCUGGGAAAUUAUUACAAUAACACUCAUAAUCAUUCGUACAAAGUUUCACGUGUAUAGGAUAAUCUCUGGCCAUAUAAUCGUAUCUGUCGUGAAUAUAUAUUUGUGAUCGCGAUUAUAAUUUUAAUAUGGAAAAGAUCUUGAACUACGAAUUGCGAUAAAAUUUUUUGUUAAGUUAGAAAAAAAUGCUACAGGAACGUUCCAAAUGAUGACCAAAGCUUAUGGUGAGUUAGUUAUGUCCCGAACCACUGUAUUUCGGUGGCAUAGUCAGUUUCAUCCGGCAGGGAGUCGUUUGAUGACGAGCAGAGAUGUGGAAGAUCAAGCACAACGAAAACAGACGGAAACAUUGUUCGCGUCUCAGUUGUUUUGAACGAACAUCGAAACGGUAGUUGUAAGUUAGUGGACGAGUUAACUAGCAUCCCAAAAACGAUUGUUCAACGAAUUAUUAGAGAAGAUUUAGGGAAAAGAAAACUUUUCGCGCGCUUUGUUCCUCGUGCGCUAACUACGGAACAUUGACAGAGACGUGUUUCUCACGCAAAAGAUUUGCUUCAAAUGGUCACAAACACUCCAAAUUUUUUAAAAAAUAUUAUUACGGGUGACGAGAGCUGGUGUUUUGCCUAUGACCCGGAAACCAAACAGCAAAGUGCACAGUGGGUUAGGGAAAAUUCGCCACGACCAAAAAAACUUUUCUUUCAGAAACCCAAAGUCAAGACCAUGUUAAUUGUUUUUUUUGAUUCCCAANAAAAAUUGGGUGAUUGUGCAAGGUGUAUAGAAUUUAAUGGCGACUAUUUUUAAUAGUAUUAUAAUAGAACUAUUUUAAUUUUUUCUGUAACAUCAGUAACCUUAGUCUCAAAACUUAUGGGACGCACUGUGUAUUUGUGUUAAAUUCAAUUUUUGUAAAUAGGUACAGAAAUAUUUUUUUGAACAAUAGCGAUAGAUUUUUAAAAGUUAGAUAAAUAGACAAACUGAGAAAUUACAAUACAAUUUUUAGGAGCUUGAUAGGCAACAUAGAUACAAAAUUGAACGUUAGUAAUAGAAUUUUAAGAAUGGAUUACAAAAUUAAUUUUUAGGAGUUAUGUAGGCAACUUAUUAAAAAAGGAGAAAUACAAUUACAGGGGUUGAACAACAUUAUUUACAAAUUUGGGAACCAAUGGGCUCUUUUUUAUAAAAUAUUGCUAUACGCAGAUAAAUAAAAAUUGAAUUAUGUAUCAUAUUGUUUUAUAUAUCUAUGAGUAUAUUAUCUUAAAUCGUGGUAACUACCAUACACGAAUAUAGAUAUCCGUACUACUAUUAAUGACCGUAUAUAUGUUCAUGUCUAUGACCAUAGCAGCAUUAUGGAUAUUACAAUUAUCUAGUUUUUACCAGAACAUAUUUUGAUAAUGAUUAAAAUUUAAUUUGUUCGUUUUUAAGUUUAUUAAUCAUGUUUAACUUGAGUGUGUUAUAAUUUGUAGUUUAUCGUAUUUAAAUUAAAUUAAAAAUUACAUUUAAAUCUGUACAAUAUUAAAUUGCAGUCUGAGAGAGUGAGUUUAUAUUUAAUUUUGAUUAAAACCAAUGUUGAUAUUAAAAAUUAAAUAACUUUAUUUUUAUAUUUAAAUUGAGGUAAAUUAAUAAAAUUGCUAUAAAGAUUUUGAGUAUUUUUAAACAAAUAUUUAAUCAAUAUUAUAUGAUAUUGUAAUUUUAUAAUCAUAUGCUUUUAGGAAACUCAGAUAGAAUUAUUGUUCUCAAAAUUAAUGAAAAACAACAAAGUGUGUGGAAUAUAAAUUAUAUUACUACAAUACAUAAUAUGGAUAAGAUGUUCAAUAAUAAAAUGUACAAGUGUGAAAAGUCCUAUGAAUUAAUAUCUUCUUUGAAUAAACAUAAAAAGAAGAUCCACAGUUUAGAAACAGGUAUGUAUUAAAUUACUAUUUCAUUAGUGUCAUUCAUAGGAGGGAAGUAGUAUUGCGUUAUUAAAAAAAUAAUUUGUGUGACAUACCAGGCGAUUUAUCUAAAUAGGUAUACUCAUGAUCUUGGAAAGUAUUAACUUUUUCUGAAAUUUGUUUUUUAGAACAUUUAAGAAACAAGCUGCUCUACAAUGUUAUAUUUAUGUUGAUUUUUGUCACCCUUAUUUUUGGAGGUAAAACCAAUACUUACUUUUGAUUUUUAAAUGGCAAUCUAUAUAAAAAAAUUCCAUAAUUAAAUCGAAUAUUAGUAAAAAUAAAUUUUAGUGUUGAAAUGUUUGAUUUCCAUUAAUCCGUUGAUGAGAUAUUCCACUUUUAAGUUUGGGUUAGAGAACAUUAGUGGAGUAUCAUUUGUGUGGCAGUACGGCGCAUGGCGUGUUAAAAAUGCACCACUACUCUCCUCAAGCUUAAAAUUAAAUGCGAAAUAUUUCGUCUAAAAUUUAUUUUAACUAAUACUCCAUCUAUUUAUGGAAGUUUUUAUAUAGGUUGCCAUUUAAAAAUCAAAAAUAGGUAGUGGUUUUACCCCCAAAAAUAAGGGUGACAAAAAAUAUAACAAAUACAAAAUUGUAGAGCAACUUGUUUCUUAAAUUUCCUAGAAAAUUAAUUCCGGGAAAAAGUUUAUACUUUCUUAUGGAUAAGAUUUGCAAUAAUAGAACCUACAAGUGUAAUUUGUGUGAAAAGUUGUUUGAUAUUAUUUUAUCUUUGAAUAAACACAAAAAGAAGACUCAUCAUAUUGAAAAUGAUUUGUAUUUAUAAGAAUAAAUUAAACUUCUAUAGAAUUAUUUUUAUUAAUUUUAUUGGUGUCCUUUUGAAUCAGUGUUUAUGACUUAACGCCAUAAGAAUUGGUUACUUAUUUAAAUCAAUAAUCUAUUUAUUGUAUAAAUAUAUUUAUUAAUUUCAAUUGAUUAUUUUUUACUAAUAUCAUUUAUUUUGAAUAUCUAGAUGAAAGUGCUAUUAACUGUAACAUGUUUAAUACUUUAGAAGAUGAAGAAUAUACACUAUUGUGAGUAUAGGUAUUAAGCAAAUUAAUACAAAGUAUAUAUUAUACUUAGCUGAUUUUGAAUUUCGGUAUUAUAUUUGUAAUAGACCUUAUUUGAUAACAUUUUAUUUUAUUGAAGUAUUAUUUUUUUUUAAUCUAAAUAUAUUCAUCAACAUUAGAAUCUGUAGGUAUUUUAUAAUAUGCCAUCUAUAUUCUGUGAUACAUAUUAUUUAUUUGAUAGUAUCUUCCAUGACAAAUUAAUGGUUUUUUUUUUUGUUUAUAGAUUAAAAAAUCAAUUAAAACAGACAACGACAAUAACUAAUAAGGUAAAUAGAUUAAUAUUUCUUAAUUAUUUUUAUUUUUUUAAAUUAUGUUUUAAAAAAAAUUCAUAGUUUUAUAUAUUUUUCACUAUAAAAUGUUUUAUUUUUGUUAUUUGUUAGAUGAAUUAUAUCUGUAGUGUUAGCUAAUAGAGAUGAAAAUUGCAUUAGUUCAUAGACCAAUUAAAUCCAUAUUUCAAAUAAACUGUUCUAAUAUUCACAUAGUUUACUGAUUCUUAUGGUAUUGUUUGGCAAUGAUAUUAGUAUAGUACUAAUUUCAAUAAAGAGGUCUAUGAUUACAACAAAUCCACAAGACACAGAUAUAUAUUAUUAUUUUAUGAUAUAUCUGUGAACAAAUCACAAGUUAUUAAUACCCUCACAUUAGGUAGGUACCUAAUUGCUAUUCAGUGAUUUUCGAACUAUGAACUGUCAAAAAGAUAGGUAUAUGGUAUAUGAUUAGAAUCUAACAGUUAAAAUUACAGUUCAUAAAUGCCUGGGGCAUAGCUAGAAUUUUUAUAUUUUAACACUUUUGAUUAAAUCAUAGGCAGGUUAGGUAAUAUAGGAUUUGAGAAUUCUCCCAUUACCUUCCCCCACCAAUUUUAUAAAAAAAUUCCCAUCAAUAUGUUUAUGGGAUUCAUAUAGGGUAGACAAGGAGUUCAAAAGAACAUACACACCCCCUAAAACAAAGUUAUCUUUGCCAAUAGAUAAGCGAACAAAAAUGUGUUUAGGAACAAUAAUUGCAUAAUGUUGAUAGAGUCAGAAUAACUUUUUGAAAUAUUUAUGUAAUGCAAAUAUUAUAAUAUCUAUUAUGUUAAAUAAAAAUUGUUGAAGCGUUUUUAUAUUGCCCUUUUUAAUAAGUUAUAUUCCUUAAAACUAAAUUUAGGAUACAGGUAUUAGAAUAAGAACACAAUAUAAAAAAGUUAUUAGUUCAUUUAAUGACUUGUAUCUAUAAUUUUUUAAAUAUGUCACUGACUGCAUAGCCGAUAAAGAAGAAACAUACAUAUUACAAAAUAUUUAAACAGUUUUUAUUUUGUUUCUAGGUGGAUUCGCAAGAUAUUAUGUCAUUGCCAUUUAACGAAACAACACUAGAAACAACAUACUAUGAACCUUGUAACCAACAGUUAUUGAAAAAUGCACAUAAGUGUAAUGUUUGUACUAAAUCAUUUACUUGUAAAUCAAAGUUAGAUCAACACAAUAGAAUCCAUACAGGGGAAAAACCUUUUUCUUGUAAUGUUUGUGGGCUGAUGUUUUCUCAUCAAAGCAAUUUGACUUCUCACAGUAGAAUCCAUACAGGAGAAAAACCUUUUGCUUGUAAAAUUUGCGGGAUGAAAUUUACUCAGCAAUGUCAUUUGAUUCGUCACAUUAGAAUCCACACUGGGGAAAAACCAUUUAAAUGUACUCUAUGUGAUAUGUCAUUUAGACGUAGUUGUACUCGGUUACGUCAUACACGAAGAAUACACAAUUGUUCAUUCUAA